AUGUUAAAAUUGAAUAGAAUCUUACUAUAUCAGCCAUUUUCUAGAAUACCGAGAACCAUGGAUUGUUGUGGACCAUAGGAACUAUCCAGCUGCAAAUAACACACGCCUAGGAAACCGUAAUGUUUGCCGGGGAUACUUAUUUAGGAUGAAUUGACAGUAAGCAUUGUUGUUCCGACAAACAACGUACCAAGAUCGAAUCGAACCAACAUGGAGAGCACCACUAACGUACACACGUCACACCCUGUUUGGACGCAUGACGUCACAAACACUACUACAAAUGGCACCAUGACAACUACAGUGACUCCUCCAGUUCCGGAAAUGCACCACGAUUUGAUGUGGCUUGUCCCCACACUGUUUGGCAUGUUCUUCUUCCUGAUAGGAAUGGCAUGGUUCCUAUUCUACUGUAUUAAAAAGUGCGAGAUUGCCACCAUGGCAUUUUGUUACAGAAAAUUUGGACUGUGUCCACCUGAUGAACGAAGUAAGAUGUUCUACAAUUCACUUGGAGAGGACAAUGAAACAGACUCUGAUACUCUCUAUCUAAAGGAUAAGUUGUUCACCGUCACUCCGAGGAAUGGAAACAUGUACCCAGGGAUCCGUGUUUCCCCGCCGAACUACUCCACAAUCUCCCCCGUCCCCGAACUUAUCCUGGACAGCCAGGUUCUCAAAUCUCCGCCCUCUAAGACGGUCCAGUGAAUACGUACGGCAGCAGUGGAAUUACCGUCACACUUCGAUGGUUUCUUCUUAUUGUGACCAUGUAUUUACGCGUCAUUGAGGAUUGGUCAAUUGCAGGUCAUAAUUGAUAUGGAUUUCCCAGACUUGUAUUCGAUUUGUAUAGGCGUGUGGAUUAAUACUUGGAAAACUCAACAUGCGAACGACAGAGCUUCUUCAAGUCAAAUGAAUGUGCUUUAGCUUACACUUACCUUGGCUAGCCACCACCAACCAUUGCUAAUAGACCCUCCACAAGUUUCUGUAAGACGCUACAAAAAUGUGCACGCAGUAAUUAGCGAAUAUUCUUGCUACACUAGUGUAACUGCAUGGAUUUAUUUUUACAGACGUGCAAUCACCGACAAGGUAUCGAGAUUCUGCAUCAGAAGACGAUUCGGGACCGACCCUGUGACGACGCACGUUGCGGAGGACAAAAUAAUAAUAUUCUGGUGUGGCUAAAUGGGAUAGUAUUGAAGAAAUUCACGUGUUGCCACUUCACGCCUUACCGAUAUAGACGGUGUUUAUUCCAAAACGGAUGCAAGAGAGUUCGUGUCUGAACUAUCGAUAGUGACAACAUUUCGCUAAGACAAUGUUCUCCUUGUAUUAAAGAAUUGGUGAUGUAUGCCACCAUCUAGUUUGUGAUCUGACACGUGCAAUGACGCUUUGUAGUGCAUAUCCAAGAUGAAGUCUUUCUUCAUUUAUAUGUUGCCAUCAUGAAUUAUCUCAUUAGUGUUCACCUAUGUCGCUAUCAAGAAUAAUUUCAUUAGUGUUCACCUAUGUUGCUAUGAUGAAUUAUUCCAAUAGUCAUCAUCUAUGUCGCUAUCAUGAAUUAUUCCAAUAGUCAUCACCUAUGUCACUACCAUGAAUUAUUCCAAUAGUCAUCAUCUAUGUCGCUAUCAUGAAUUAUUCCAAUAGUCAUCAUCUAUGUCGCUAUCAUGAAUUAUUCAAAGAGUCUUCACCUAUGUCGCUAUCAUGAAUUAUUCCAAUAGUCAUCAUCUAUGUCGCUAUCAUGAAUUAUUCCAAUAGCAUCACCUAUGUCGCUAUCAUGAAUUAUUCAAAGAGUCUUCACCUAUGUCGCUAUCAUGAAUUAUCUCCAUAGUGUUCACCUAUGUCGCUAUCAAGAAUAAUUUCAUUAGUGUUCCCCUGUUGCUAUGAUGAAUUAUUCCAAUAGUCAUCACCUAUGUCACUACCAUGAAUUAUUCCAAAAGUCAUCAUCUAUGUCGCUAUCAUGAAAUAUUCCAAUAGUCUUCACCUAUGUCGCUAUCAUGAAUUAUUCCAAUAGUCAUCACCUAUGUCGCUAUCAUGAAUUAUUCCAAUAGUCAUCAUCUAUGUCGCUAUGAUGAAUUAUUCAAAGAGUCAUCACCUAUGUCGCUAUCAUGAAUUAUUCCAAUAGUCAUCACCUAUGUCGCUAUCAUGAAUUAUUCCAAUAGUCAUCACCUAUGUCGCUAUCAUGAAUUAUUCCAAUAGUCAUCACCUAUGUCGCUAUCAUGAAUUAUUCCAAAAGUCAUCAUCUAUGUCGCUAUCAUGAAUUAUUCCAAUAGUCAUCACCUAUGUCGCUAUCAUGAAUUAUUCAAAGAGUCUUCACCUAUGUCGCUAUCAUGAAAUAUUCCAAUAGUCUUCACCUAUGUCGCUGUCAGGAAGUAUUCCAAAAGUCUUCCCCUAUGUCGUUAUCAUGAAUUAUUCCAAUAUUUAAGUUUUUUCUUCAAUCAUCCAUUUUACUGACCAGCAGUCUGUGAUGUCUUCGUGUGUUUAUUUAUUGACCGUGAUAGGUACCCGGAUGUACCGACAUAUUAUUGUAUCUCGUGUGGUGUGUGUGUGUUCACUUUUUAAUUUUACUUAAAGUGUAUGAAACAUAUUUUGGUUCACUGAUCCAUUUUUUUUUUAAAGAUUAACUAGGCAUUGUUGUAUCGUCUGCUUAAAAAACGCAAGAAACAGCAAUAGUGCAUUGAAGUAAAACUGUUAAAGGUGUUGAUCGAGGCCAACAUUAUGUCCGUUUGUGUGUUAUCAAACUUUUUAAACUAGAGAUAAAAUAAUUGAUUGUGAAGUUUCGAAAACAGUUCUGUCAAAUUCCGUUGACAAGGUGCUUUUUCAUUUUAAUCAACAGCAGCUACUAGCAAGUACUAGCAAGACAGUAAAAUAUUUUUAUUGAUUAUCAAAUACAUGUAUAUGGCUAAUAAAUACAAAGCUUUAUCUACAGACAAAUGUCUACGAAAAUGAUGUGUUUAUAAUUUCAUGAUAAUAUUAAUGUGUAUAAACCUCAAA